UACCCUACUUAAACUGCCGCGGCUGUAGCGGCCGGGCGUUGGGGGCAGGCCUUGGUACUUACGGCGGUAUGGCGGCUGCGGUACUGCUGGCUCUGGCCUUCACGCUGCUGGGCAUCCAGAACGCGUCUGCGGCAGCGGGUUCCAUCCUUACCUCCGUGGAGGAAGUUGACUCCAAGACACGCCUCACCUGUACCUUGAAUCAGAGACCCACGGAGAUUGCUGGCCACCGGUGGAUAAAAGAUGGCAAGGUGGUAAAGGAGGACACACUGGCAGAGCUGAGCACACAGUACGAGGUGGAUAUGAAGGACAGGUCAGGCAACUACUCCUGCAUCUUCCUCCCCGAGUCUGUGGGCAAGGCUGACAUCACAGUGAGCGGGCGCCCCAGAAUCAAGGUUGUGAAGAAGUCAGCUCAUGCUGACGAGGGGGAGACAAUCACACUAGCCUGCAAGUCAGAGUCCUAUGCCCCCAUCAUUGAGUGGACCUGGUACAAGAAGGUUGAUUCUGGGAACCAGCUCAUCACCAAUGGCUCCCAGAACAAGUACUUCGUGAAUUCCUCGGAGACCCAGUCAGAGCUGACCAUCAAGAACUUGGAAGUGGGCUCUGACCGCGGCACCUAUGUAUGCAAUGGCACUAACUCAGAGGGCAGCGACGAGGCCACCUUCACAGUGCGCGUACACAGCCGCCUUGCCGCACUCUGGCCUUUCCUGGGCAUCGUGGCUGAGGUUCUUGUGCUGCUUACCAUCAUCUUCAUGUGUGAGAAGCGGCAGAAGCCCAGUGAGGAGCUGGAUGAUGAUGAACUGGGCUCUGCACCACUGAAGAGCAGCGGGCAAGUGGACAGCAAAGACAAGAAUGUCCGCCAGAGGACCGCCACCUGAGCAGGUGCACAGCACAGCCGGGGCCCUGGGUGCAGGGCAGUGGUUGAGGGCCAGAGCCCCUUGCCUGGAGCCUGUGUCCCACCUCCCGCAGGAGUCGUUCCCAUGUUUGCCAAAUUCCAGAUCCUCUCACCUCAAAGAAAAUCCACCUGGCAAAAGCAAACCAGCUGUAGAUCCCCACCCACUGUGUUUGCUUUUCAGUUGAAACUAAAUGAGGUUCUUCUCCA